AUUCCUCAUUCAGUUUUCGUCUGAACCUGCAAUUAGGCUUUUAGGCUAAACUCCGGCAGUUAACUUUUAGGGACCGGCACUAUGCUGAAGUACGUUGUUAUCCUCGCUUUGGUGGGCGUCGCCCUGGCCCAGAAGAGCGUCAAGGCCAAGGCCAGCAGUGGAGCAACCUUCUCGCAUCAGUAUGUCUUCGACUGGACCAAGGUGCUGACCAAUCCCGAGAUCUUUGCCCUCCUGGCUCAACGUGAUGUCGUAUGGCCGCAACGAUACGAAUACGAUAUCCCUGCCCCUAGCUUCACUUGCUCCGAUAAGCAGUACCCUGGUUACUAUGCCGAUCCUGCCACCAAGUGCCAGACCUUCCAUCGUUGCGACGUCAACGGCAACAUGACCAGCUACAUCUGUGUCAACCGAACCCUCUUCAACCCGAUCACCCUUAUCUGUGACUACUGGUUCAACGUUGACUGCGAUGCUUUCAUCAAGGAUGAGAACUUCGGUAACCGUCGCCUGUACACCAGCGAAGUCCUCUUCGAUACCCCAGGCAACACCAACCAAGGUAGCGCAUCUGGCCCCAACGGUAACUGGGUGUGGGUGGACAAUGCUGGUGGUGCUGCUGCUCCUAAGGCUGCUGCUGCCACGGAAGCCCCCGCUGCCUCCGAAGAGACCACGUCUGCCGCAGCUGAGGGCGCUGCUGCUGAGGAGACCACCGCCGCUGCCGCAUAAGCUGUCCAAAUCCAGUUGGGCAUACCUACCAAAGAUUAGUUCCAUCAGCUGACAGUACGAGCUAUUUCUUCUGACUACGAGAAAAUGUAAAAAAAGCUGGUUUGUGCUACCUACUAGUGAACGACUGCCUUUCGUGAGUUUUCAGUAUUUAAGCGCACCUAAGGAAACUAUUCUGCUUUUAUUUUAUGAAGAGCGUCAGUUUCUGAAAUGGAAGAACGAAAGACAAAUAAAAACAAUGAUACUA